AUGAACGACUGUUCGAAGUAUUCGAAGUAUAAUUAUUCUUCUGCAUUGGCUGCGUUACUAAAUCUUAAGGACGAUCUCGAAAGAGAUACCACUCCAACUGGAUUAAACCUAGCUGACACUUCUGCUUCAACAUCAUACGCUCACCCGAGAUCAUUUCUUCCUAAAAUCAGCUUAAAUACAUUCUCUGGAGAAUAUACAGAAUGGCAGGCAUACUCGGAUCUCUUUUCGUCAUUGGUCGGAAAGAACCCUGACCUCACCAAUGUCGAAAAGAUGCACUAUCUCAGGUCUACUCUUCAAGGAGAUGCAAGUCAACUUAUCGCAUCACUUCCAAAUUCAGGUCCUUCUUUUCCAACUGCUUGGGACACUUUAGUAGACAGAUUUGAAAAUAAACGUAUGCUUAUCAAUUCUCACUUAAAUAAACUUUUAUCUCCUCCAGUCAUUAACGUUAAAUCAGGUAAAGGACUACAAGCUCAUCUUAAUACUACAAAUGAAGCUGCUAGUGCUUUAAGAACUCUUGGAGUCCCCAUUGAUCAUUGGGAUAUAAUUCUCGUUCAUCUUUUAGUCCGCAAUCUUGAUCUCGCAUCUCGAGAAGCUUGGGAACUCCACCUAGGUUCAAAUUCAGAUUAUCCUACCCUUGAUCAACUCAAGACCUUCAUUAGUGGCAGAGCUAGGGCAUUGGAGAACAUAGAAUUGGAAAAGGGAAAUCUUAAACCUUCAGCUUCGAAGACACCAACUCCUCGACCUGCUCCUGUUCGUUCAAAUUCAAAUCCUGCAAGGAUUCACGCGACCACUACAACCAAUUCCACUCAAGAGACACCUCGACAAUCUCAACCGAAUUAUGAAUGUGAUGACUGCAGUGAACUUCAUUUCAUCACUACCUGUGCCAAUUAUAAAGACCGUACUCCCAAUUCAAGAGCACAAUUAGUUCAAGAGCAAAGACUCUGUUACAAUUGUCUUGGGCGACAUAAUGUGAGAUCGUGUCGCAAUCCAACAAGAUGUCGGUCAUUAAUGGAAAACAUCACACGUCACUUCACGAUUCUCAUCUAA